CAUCCUCCAACCAUCCUCCAACCAUCCUCCAACCAUCCUCCAACCAUUCUCCCGUCUCACCCCUUUCUGCAUCCAUCCAUUCGAAUCGAGCCACCGCCGUUUCGAUUAGUCAACAACAAACACCCAACAACCUCGCUCCUCCUACAAACAUACACACAUCAUGCCUGUCCGCGUCCCACGUCUCCCUCAGGCCAGGCGCUCCGAGAUCUUCACCUUCGGCGCCGCCGGUGUUGGUGUUCUGACUCCCCUCUACAUGUUCAUGCCUGGUGCAGAGGAGCGCCUCUCCAACCAGACCAACAAGUGGGCACCACGAUGGGAACGCAACAUCAACUACUUUACCUCUCCUGUUGAGCGCGGCGUUCAACGUAUCGAACCUCCAGUGGCCAAGAUGGUCCAGCGUAUCGAUGAACGCCUUCCCCUCGAGAAGAUGGCCAAAUCAAUGGAGAAGGGUAUUCGGAGUGGCAUCACAAAGAUGACUCCCGAAUCUAAAUCUGGGCCAUCAGGUUCAUCCUAGGUCAUUUCUUUCGUCAUACCUGGGCUGCUGUUGUGCCCUUCAUGUACAUUGCGGUAGAGCUGCAGAGUCGACCAAGAUGCCGAUUCUCGCUUACAAAUAAAUUCACUGUUACAAUCA